CAGACACUCCGAGAGGACAGAGACGUCCAGGCCUCCGCGGAGAGAACACAGCGAACCACAACGGGUGUGAACAUGUUCAGUGAAGUCUGACCUUUCCAGCGGAAGCAGCGCAUUGUGUUAAUAUCCAAGGGCAGCUUUCUAUCAGUGCACCUUCCAAACCAGUGGACGUCCACCAUGUUGUCCAGGUUGAGGACAGCCUGGUCCCUGAGGCCCUGUGUCUCUGUUUGCAGAUGGGCACACACCAAAGACAAGGGCAAGCCCCUCAUGCUCAACCCUCGCACCAACAAAGGUAUGGCCUUCUCUCUACAGGAGCGUCAGAUGUUAGGGAUACAUGGUCUGUUGCCGCCGAAAGUUGAGACCCAGGACAUUCAGGCCAUGCGUUUUCAGAAAAACCUCAAGAAAAUGACUGAUCCCCUCGAGAAGUACAUCUACUUGAUGGGCAUCCAGGAGAGAAAUGAGAAGCUCUUCUAUAGAGUUUUGAUGGAAGACAUAGAGGAACUGAUGCCAAUAGUUUACACUCCCACCGUGGGCCUGGCCUGCACACAAUAUGGACACAUCUUUAGAAGACCCAAAGGUUUGUUCAUCUCCAUUCUGGACAAAGGACACAUCCGCUCCAUCCUGGACAACUGGCCAGAGACUAAUGUCUCAGCAGUAGUAGUUACUGAUGGCCAGCGUAUUUUAGGAUUAGGGGACCUUGGUGUUUAUGGAAUGGGUAUCCCUGUUGGAAAACUUUGCCUGUACACCGCCUGUGCUGGCAUUAGACCUGAGCGGUGUCUGCCUGUGACGAUAGAUGUUGGCACAAACAAUGAGACUCUCCUGAAAGAUCCAUUGUACAUGGGCCUGUACCAGAAGAGAGACCAGACUCAAGCCUACGAUGAUUUGAUCGAUGAGUUCAUGGAAGCUGUGGUGGAAAAAUACGGACAGGACACGCUGAUACAAUUUGAGGACUUUGGGAACCACAAUGCCUUCCGCUUCCUCAGGAAGUACAGAGAGAAAUACUGCACCUUCAAUGACGACAUCCAAGGCACUGCUGCUGUAGCUCUCGCUGGUCUGUUAGCAGCUCAGAGAGCUACUGGCAAACCCAUCACUGAACACCGGGUGCUCUUCUUGGGAGCUGGAGAGGCCGCCCUUGGUAUUGCCAAUCUGAUUGUCAUGUCCAUGAUGGAGUCAGGAUUGUCCCAAGCUGAAGCCAGAAAUAAGAUCUGGAUGUAUGACAAACAUGGCUUACUAGUCAAGGACAGACUGCAGGAAACAGACUCCGAUCAGGAAGCAUUUCUCCACGACAGUCCAGGAGACAUACAGAGCUUCCUAGAUGCCGUCAACACCAUUAAACCCACAGCUAUCAUUGGUGUCUCAGGAGCUGGACGUCUGUUCACCCACGAUGUCAUUAAGUCCAUGGCCGCCAUGAACGAACGACCAAUCAUCUUUGCCCUGAGUAACCCAACCACCAGAGCAGAGUGCACAGCAGAGGAUGCCUACACUCUCACUGAUGGUAGAUGUCUUUUUGCCAGUGGGAGCCCAUUCGGUCCAGUGACUCUGAGCGAUGGCCGUGUCUUCACACCUGGACAAGGGAACAAUGCUUACAUAUUCCCAGGUGUGGCCCUGGCUGUGAUCCUGAGUGGAGUGAGACACAUCAGCGACACCGUGUUCCUAGAGGCCGCCAAGACUCUUGCAGAGCAGCUGACAGAUGAAGAUCUGCAAGAAGGUCGACUGUAUCCACCUCUUUCCAACAUCAGAGAGGUUUCUCUCCAGAUGGCUGUCAAGGUGACGGAGUUUGUCUAUGCUAAAGGCAUGGCGUUCCGCUACCCUGAGCCCGAGGACAAGAACAGCUUUGUACGAUCUACUGUCUGGGACAUCAACUACGACUCUUUCCUGCCAGACACCUAUGACUGGCCCGCUGUCAGCUUCAGCCCCAAGACCGAGUAGAAACAGAAGAAAUCCUCAUCGUUUUCCCAAGUCAUAAUGUCACUUUCUUUCUAUGUCUUCCAUUUUAUUUUUUAUCACAGAUCUUCUGAGAUGAUCAUCUUUAUGUUAGUGCUAUUGGAAAAAACGGGCAGUAGUAACUGACUCAGUCUUAUAAGAUCUGUGAAACGGUCGAGUGGGAGGUGCUACUCAGAAAGAUUGGGACAUUUGAAUGGGAACAGCCACAGAACAAGAGGGCCAUCUGGUGGUGGAUAAAGGCAAGAUGGAAAUCUGAUUUCGAUCUUAAAUCUCUCGUACAUUUUUAACCACACAACACACACACUAGGUAAAUAACAUAAUGCUUUAUCGUAAUUCAAACACAGUAGGGGACAAUAACUUACAAAUGUUUUUUGAGAUGACUAUCGUUUGUGUCACGUUUGCGUCAGCGUACACUCCUUUUGUUAAGCAAUGCAGAUAAUGUUUUUUACAUAUAUUAAGAGGUAGUAUUUCACUCCAGGAUUAUUUAUUUUAGUUGUGUUCACUCUUAAUUCAACCCCGUUGUUUGUUCCAAUUAAAUGUGUCUACCUAUAUAUUGCCAAACUUAGCACAAUGUUUAAAACAUGGAGAAUGGAUUUCCACAUUGUUUCACAUCAGGUGGUCUUCUGGUCUAAGACAUAAAAACCAUGUUUAUAUUAUGCUUCACUGAUCAGCAGUAAAAGACCAGUUGAACAGAAUGCUAAAGAGAACCGGGAGAAGGAGAGAAAACAGUAUAACUGAAAGAAGAAAUGUAUAUUACUUGACAACACAUCCAGAGUCCACUCCAAUAUGUUUUUUCUUCCAACAUUCUCUCCAAGAUUUUAUUUAUUCAUUUUUGUGGGUUCAUCAGAUGUUUUUGAAAAGUCGUCACCACUAUUUUGCUUAAGUGUGAAAUACAAAUGGAUCUAUUCUAUAUCUUAAAUAUCUAAACCAACAGCGUGCCGUAUCAAAUAAUUGAAUAAACAUUAUUUUCUACUUAAACUAUAUUUUACUUACUGUACAUGCACUUUUGCAAAAUUUAAGACUGUCCGCUGAAGGUGUAUUUAUAAAGCUGUGUUAAAUGUGUCUGUGUGUGUGCGUGUUAGCAGGUUGUGUGCGAUUUCUGCUCAAGUCAACAUAUUGCUGUUCACUGUUCACUGUGGUCGACCAUGAUCUAGAAGAAACUGUGACAGUCAUAGUGUAUAUUUGUCUAACAUAAAAGUGGUUAAAGCUUUGCUCAUGUAUCAACUUAUGAAUUAAUUUUCUACAUUUAGAAAUGGAAAUUGUUGCUUGCUGGUCAUCUCCGCUUCAAGCUUCUCAAAAAAUCAUAUAACUUUCAUGAGAACACAGCAAACAAAUAGCGGUGCUGAUAAAGGUCACAGACCAUAUUAAAAGGACCUUUUGACCUUUUAAUGUGGUUUUCAUUCUCAAUCCAUUAUACUAAAAUUAUGCUGUUUCUGAACUCGUCCAUACAUUAAACUUCUCUUUACUUACUACUCAUGCACUGUUUUGGCUAAAGGCUGCUGAUGCCUAAAUUAUGGAUAUUGUUUGAGGACCUUCCUGCACUGAAGUGCCUGUGCAGAGUUCAGUGUCUAUUCAGUCACUCCAUGUUCCACGCUGUGGACAAGACGAGGUCAUUUUGUAGUAUUCAACGUGCAGCUUCUCCUCACAUACAGCUUCUCCUCACAAUCAACUUAUGGAAUAGCUUUAUUUUUAUGAAACUCUAUAUAGAAACUGUUACAACCUCAUCAAGUGUUGUCUUGGUCAGUUUAGCUGUUGUUGUUGCGAACUGUAAUUGUCCAGUAUGAGCUGUUACUGUGUCGGCUCAUGUCAUUCCUGUCGUCCCUCCAUAUUUCAUAUGUUCUGAAGUUUGUUUUUGUUAAAUUGCCUCAGUGUUUGUAUGCAGAGAGCAGCUUGUUAGUGAUGUUAAAGUGCAGAAUAAAACCUAUUUUACAAUAA